GAGAGCUCGCAGUUGUCUUUGCUCCCUAGGUCCGAGGGGGGCGGACAGCUGAGAAUACACACAGUGUCCUUGAGACAUGACUGCCCGAGGGUUUCCCAUCUUUAUUCCCGGCACAGCCUAAUAUUUUAACGCGUCUAUUUGACAAGAUGUUGGGUGUCUUUGUCAAGGCUGCGCUGCGGCCUGGCAUGGUGAAGCCAUGUCGCCUGGUCAGACCAGUCAUACAGAUCCCAGAGAGGUCUAUGGUGCACCAGGAGGGUUUACCUAAGCUGCCCGUGCCGCCCUUAAAGCAGACGUUUGAGCGAUACCUGGUUGCUCUGGAGCCCAUCGUCAGCGAGGAAGAGCUGGAACACACCAGGCAGCUGGUGAAGGAGUUCCUCCACGGUGGUGUCGGGGAAAGGCUGCAGAAAGGCCUGGAGCGACGGGCUGGCAAGACCGACAACUGGCUGUCAGAAUGGUGGAUGCAGUCAGCCUAUCUCGACUGCCGGAUGCCGUUGGCGGUCUACACCAGCCCUGGGGUUGUCCUGCCUCGCAUGCACUUCCGAGAUCGACAAGGACAGAUGAGGUUUGCUGCCAAACUGAUUGCAGGAGUUUUGGACUUUAAAAAAAUGAUUGACACUGAUACCCUGCCUAUAGAGUACCUGAGUGGGAAGCCACUGUGCAUGGACCAGUAUUACCAGAUCCUGUCCUCCUGCCGUAUCCCCGGUCCAAAGAGAGAUACUGUUGUGAAUCACAGCGGGAAACAACCUGUCACUCAUAUCACUGUGGUCCACAACUUCCAGUUCUUCGUCUUGGAUGUGUACCACAGCGAUGGCACCCCGCUGACAGUAGACCAGAUUUACAUGCAGCUGGAGAAGAUCUGGAACUCGUCUUUGCAGACUAACAAGGAGCCUAUUGGCAUCCUCACAUCACAGCACCGCAACACCUGGGGAAAAGCCUACAACAAUCUGAUUAAGGAUAAGACAAAUAAGGAGUCGGUCCGUGCCAUCCAGAAAGGUAUCUUCACAGUUUGUCUGGAUGCUCCGAUGCCACGGGUGUCAGACGAGCAGUACCCGAGCCGUGUGGCUGCACAGAUGCUGCAUGGAGGAGGAGCGCGCUGGAACAGCGGCAACCGCUGGUUUGACAAGACGUUACAGUUCAUUGUUGGUGAAGACGGCACAUGUGGACUGGUGUAUGAACAUGCACCUGCUGAGGGUCCACCCAUCGUGUUUCUCAUCGAUUUUGUGGUUAACUACGUGCUCCGCCCUGAAAUAGUUCGCACUCCCAUGGUUCCCCUGCCCAUGCCUCUGAAACUGCGUUUUAACAUCACCCCCGAGGUCAAGAGAGACAUCGAGAGUGCCAAACAAAAUAUGAACAUAAUGGUGCAUGACUUAGAUGUGAAGGCGCUUAUGUUUUCUCAUUUUGGAAAAAAUGUGCCAAAGAAACACAAGCUGAGUCCAGAUGCCUUCGUGCAAAUGGCUUUUCAGCUGGCGUACUUCAGGAUGUAUAGUUUUUGCUGCUCGACCUACGAGAGUGCAUCGCUGCGAAUGUUCAAAUACGGACGAACGGACGUUAUCCGCGCAACUACGGCAGACUCGUUUAAAUUUGUCCAGGCAAUGCAAGACCCAGCUAAACAGAACCCAGAGAGGCUGGCGCUGCUGAAGGAGGCCUCUGAGACGCAUAAGAAGAACACGUAUGAAGCAAUUCAUGGACACGCCAUAGACAGACACAUCCUCGGGCUGAAGAUGCUGAGUAUUGAAGACCUAACCUCCAUGCCCGAGAUAUUCAUGGAUACCUCUUUUGCCGUGGCUCAGCAUUUCAAUCUCUCCACCAGCCAGGUUGGCUCCAAGACAGACUGCGUUAUGUGCUUCGGUCCGAUGGUGCCAGAUGGCUACGGAGUGUGUUAUAAUCCCAUGGAUGAGCACAUCAACAUCGCCAUCACGGCCUUCAACAGCUGUGACGAGACCAACGCUGCCAAGUUUGCCCAGGCUGUAGAGGACGCUCUGUUGGACAUUAGAGCUCUCCUGGAAGACACAGCUACAGCUGAGCAGUGAUCCCACUCUGCAGCCCGGUCAACGCGUUUGUGUCCCGCCGGGCCGCACGGGAGCUGGAACUGAACCGGUGCCGGAGACGCUUGGCAGAACGCCACGCUGACGUAGAGGAUGUACCGAGAGUGCUGGAGGCGAGGAGGGAGGCUGCUAUCGAAGGGUCGUGGGAAGUGCAAUGUGUGACAGCCUUUGUGAUGAGGAAAUUCUAUAUUUUAAUAUAUUGCUAUUGUGUUAUACAGUAUAUAUAUAUAUAAACUUUAAAAUAAAAUGAUUUGCUGAUUGUAA